AUGGCCAUACCAUCUCCCUUGAAGGAGUCUUGUGUUCCCACGUUCAUAAACCAAUAUAAGCAAGAGACGUACACAGCUCUGGCUAAAAGAGUUGCGGAUCUAUGCAAAGAGGUUAUUUCGGAGAACGGCAUAAGCGUUCAGACGGAAAGCCGUGGGAAAGAACCUGAAAGCCUACGAAAAAAGCUCGAGGAGCGUGAACGCGAGAGCGGUCCUUACAAAGAUUCGAAAGAUAUUUAUGACAAAAUCAUCGACCUUGCCGGAGCUCGAAUUAUCCUCAAUAGAGCGGAAGACCGCCAUACCAUCAAGGGCAUACUAUACGACAAUUUCGAAGUUUCCAAAGAGAAGCUCGUGGACCGAAAAAGUGGGUACAGAGCGGUGCAUUAUGUUGUUUACUUGAAGGAAGACCGGUACUCACCUCAUCUUCAAAAGAUGGAAGCUAGAACACCGGUUGAAAUCCAGGUUCAAUCUCAUGGUAUAUGGCAAUGGAGCAAGCUAGAGCACGACUCUAUCUACAAGGCGAAGAGAGAUCUGAGUCCAGCGAUGAGAAACGCUCUCGAUAAUCAAAUUGAAGCUACCACUCUGAGCGAGCGCCUUGCUCAGCAGGCCAGGGAAUUGAAGGCCAGGGAAGAUGCAGAGUACGAAGAAAAGCUGGCAAAGUCCAAGGAAAAGUUCAAAAAUGCCUGGUCUGUUGGGCACUAUCUAGACGAGUGGAUUCCUAAACACGCUGCGAACUGGGCAAAAGAUAGAUCAGGCAACUCGGGAUCUGCUACGGCUUUGACUAAAUUCUUGGAUUCUCGGGAAUGGAGAACUGCCGAAUGUCUAGAUCGGUUGCUCACCAAACACCUCGGGGAUGGUGCGCAAGACGAAUACUCGACAACUGCAAGGGAAUAUGGGCGCAUUGACAUGAACCUCAUCAUCUAUCUGAUCGAUCGCGAGGUUCUGAAACAGGAAGAAAAUGAACUGCGUGCUUUCAAAGGCCGCAAAAGCGAUAAGGAGCAUUUACACAAGAUCCGAGUGAUCCUCAGCACUUUCAUCUGGAUGGAUCGUCUCUUCCUCCCACCUUUUGAAUGGCAUCGCUUGCUCGCGCGUAUUGAAGAUCUAAACACCCUUCCGCCGGGCGUUCUUUGGCUUUCAAACAGCGCCCGCCAGCGCGCCAUCGAAGACGGAGCCUCCUUGAAUCCCAAUGAGAUCAGUAAAUUGGAAGGUCUGUGGAAUUGGUUUAGCGGAAAUCGCGACCGCCCGAUCAAGUUGGCUUUCACGAUGUCAAACCGGGGGGUGAUUAGGGAUAUCCCGAGAGAAAUGAAAGAGCUGAAAGAUGUCUUUGCGCCACUGAUUGAGGGCCUGAGUCGAUAUGAGUUUUGA